AUGCAACAACCUGCUUGUGAUUCUCUGGGAAAGGACAAAGAAAUGCCAGAGGAAGCGCAGCGCUUGGAUGCGGAAACUGAGCAACCCCAGUGUGGUCCGGAGAAGAACAACUCAGACAGUGUCCCCUGGAAGCUUCCAGCAACAGGUCCUGUUAGCUUCAUGGGGAAGACGGGGUCAUCCUGCCCGGCGGUGCAACCCCCAGGCCACGGAGCCUCUCUUCAGCGCCCCCUGAGGAGCCUGCGUAAGAAGCACUGCGAGAACCAGGGUGGUUUUCUCCAGUUUGACCGGCAAGCCCCAGGCCGCAUUUCUGUCUCCCCGACUCUGAGGAGAUUAAGGGGCAGCGGCUGUGGAACUUGGCACUCGCCACCUCAGCAAGACGCCUUGCAGGUGCCCACCUGGGGAAGCUGGAGGGAGCCCGCAGGCUCCCUGCAUUACCUUUCCAAGAGUCUGCCUGGAAGCCCAGAGGACUCUCCGCACUCCCUACCACCCCGGAUACUUUGCUCAAGGUUGCCUUCCGACCCUGAAAGGACCCUCAAUGCAGCUGACUCGUUCGAGCCCCAGCCCAGCCCCUCUGACAAGCAAGCCCUUCCCAAGCUUCGGCCCAUCAACGAGGGCUGUCUUCACCAGGCCUGUCCGCUGGGGCGAGAAGGCCACUCCCUGCCCAGCCCCACGCCGCGGUGCCCUGGCCCUCAGGCAGAAGAAUCACAUCCAUCCAGGUAUGUAUGCAGUUAUUUUCUCCAGUGCUGUGACAUGUGUUGA